UAAACAAACUGGGACGUUUCUGAGCUUUUGAAAUCAUGCCAUGAUGAAGUGCAUCUACAGAGGGGUUUUAAUUGUCUGUUUUUUAUUCUGUUACCUCUCUCGAGAACAGAGAAGUUGAACACACAGCUAAAAUUUGAUGCUGCAGGGAUUCUGGUGUCUGAAGAGAGAAUGGCUUUUGUUCAUUUUCUGGCUUUGCUAAGGAUAAAACACAUCUUGACUCUUCUUAUUUCAAUACAAUUUACAGUUGCAUAGGAUUUUGUCAAACUUCAAGUGUUCAAGCAGAAUUUUUCUGUGCUGGAUAUCUGCCUGUGGGUAUUAUUUUUUUUAAAAGCCUUUCAGCAAAAAUAGCUGAUAGCCUUUUUAUACUGAUCUUUUUUGUCACAUCAAGUGGUUCUGGUAACCUUUCCUCUGAAAAUUUCAGGUAUUCUGCAGAUGUUGCAGAAAGCAUUUAAAAAUGAGGUGAUGUAUAUUCUCAGAGAAACCUUAGCUGGGUUGAGGUGGCACAGGGAAGUAAGCUGAGAAGUAAGCCACCCCAUUUAAAUAGCAAGGCAAGCAUGAGCAAGAUGUUUUUGGGAAGUGCUGAGGAUAACUGGCAAAAUAGAUUCAAAGAAUGAAAUCAGUGGAAAGAAACUGCCUUGAAAGGCAGUGAGAAAAUUGGUGUGGGAGGGAAUGGAAAAGAAAAUUUGUCAUUUUUUGUUUGGGAGAUACUAAAUUUGCUAGAAAAGGUAAAGAACAGCAUGGGAUGUGCUUACAGACCUCAGAAGUGAGAAGCAGUGAGGCUGUGUAGGAGGUUUGGAAGAGGAAGGAGAGACAGAUCUGAAGAGCUGGGCUCAGAAGUGUUGUGGGUGGGGAGACUGUAAGAUUGACUGAGGAAAUUAAGGGAGUAGUUUGGCAGUUAGAGCAGGCAAAGACCUUGUUCAUGCAUGGGGAAAGCUGAACAUCAGCAUCAGGAUGAGACCUGAUGGGCAUCUGGGAAGCUGGAAGCCAGGAUUCGCAAACUGACAGGGAAUUAUAUGAGAAGCCUUUUGGAGAUGAGCAGACAAUUCUGAUGGUCUUGGGUCUCAUCCUUUUCAACCCCAGGCUUGAUCAGAAGAUAACCUGCUGCACUAUUGGUUAUUCUAUCAGGAGAUUUUCCCUGCCUUCCAGUGACUGGCCCUACUGAUACCUUUCUUCACCUGUGGCUUCGAAUCUGUCACGAACACACGCAGAUUUCCAGUUUAGAAGUAUCUUCAUCUUCCUUCCUGUGAAAAUACUAUGAAUCUGAAGGCAUUAAUUUUCCUUCUCCCAAAUUUCAUUUUUGGGAUAUUUCUUUUUGGGUUUUUCUGUAGAAGACAAAAAAAUCUAAUGGUUGCAGAUUCUUUUCCUGGUCUCACUGAAGAUUGGCUAACAAUUCAAACUGAUCGCAGAAACACACUGGCUUCCCUCUGCCAGAAGAACAACCUCAUUAAAUUAAAAAGUGCAUUGGAUUCUCUUGUUGCAAGCCAGAUUUUUGUGGAGCACAAACAUAAAUUUACCUACUGUGAGGUGCCCAAAGUAGGCUGCUCUAACUGGAAGAGAACUAUUUUCAUUCUCCAAGAAGGCUUGAAUGUGGAAGCUUCUGAAAUUGAGCAUGACCAUAUUCACCAAACCUCACUGAUCAAAAGGCUGAGUGCUUACCCUCCUGCCGUGCAAGAGGAAUUUCUAAACAAUUACACCAAGGUGAUGUUCACCAGGCAUCCAUUGGAACGGCUGGUGUCGGCUUACAGAGACAAGCUUCUGCACUCUGAGCCAUACUAUAGUACCAUUGUUGCUGAUCAGAUUAAGGCAAUGUUCAGGAAAAACAAAAAUUCCUCUGCAAAAGUGAGUUUCCAGGAGUUUGUCAGUUUCAUUACAGUGAAACCACCAAAUACUCUUGACAUUCACUGGAAACCAAUGUUUCUACUCUGUGAUCCUUGCAACAUUCACUAUGAUAUUCUGGGCAAAUACGAAACUCUUGGGUUAGAUUCUGUGCAAGUUCUGAAGGCAAUUGGUGCACCAGAGAGCCUGCAGUACCCCAGCUUGAAGAGAUAUGGCUCAGAGAAACGAACUAAUAGUGAUAUCACCUUGGAGUACCUCAGACAAUUGAGCUCAGAACAAAUUGAGAAGAUACAAAAAUUAUAUCAAAUGGAUUUUCUCUUGUUCAACUAUACUUUGAAAUAUGAGAACUGUGACAUUAAUGCAGCUUAAACAGUGAAAAUUUUCAUUCAUACAAGAUGAGCUUGAACUUGUCCUCAAAGGUGCUUGAUUGAUAGGUAUAUUACAGAAGAUGCAAUUUUAGUGGUGUUUAGAGACAUGGUUUUAUUCGUUGUAAGCACUCAUAACAAAUCUGUGCUUUGAUCUGUAGUACAGUGUUUAGCUAUAUGAUUUUUUUUUCUUUCUGAUAAUCAUAUAGAUAUGUUUGCUUCAAAAAGGCUGCUUGUAAAAGAUUUUUUUAGUCGGAUGGUAGAAGAAGAGAGAAGGGUGAAGAAUGCUGUUCUUCACAAUUAGUAUUUUACAGAAUUUUUUUAUUAAAACGAUAUUUUUUUAAGAAAAAGACAUAAAGCAAUAGAUAAUAUACUUCAGUGUUAAACCAUUCUGUCUAUAAAAGCCUCAAACAUGAAUCCUGUAGGAAAGAAGCAAAUAACUUCAGAUACUUGGACCUGUGUUAGAGAACUUAAUACCUGAUUAUAUUCCUCUCUGGCAGUGCUCUUCCUGCAACAUACCAGCCUCUUCCAUCGAGCAGCAUCUUCAGCUGCAGUCCAGCAGGUCUCCACUUAUGUGUCUUCAGAUUCUUUUUACCACCUUUGUGGAUAUGAUGAUCUGAUCUAAGAGGAAAAUCUAAAAAAUGUCUUCCUUAGAGAUGAAAUUAGGGGUACUUUCUAGACUGUACAAUGGAGGUGGUGCAGGAUCUGAAGUUAUGGUGGGAAUGUGGCUCUGACCUAUUCUCCAAAAGUACUUAGUUCCAACUAAUCAGCCAGUCAACAAAGGGGUGACACUGUUCAGGCUUUUCACAUCUGUAGCUGCUGGAGAUCAUGAGCCUUGGAGACUUACCUGAGUAUGAUACUUAGGUGAAGGUGAUAUAUAACAGGCUCUACCUGUUGCUUUCUCACCUCACAGAAAGAUGAAUGCAAAUUAACUGCAGAGUUAUGGUGAGGGAAACAAUUAAGAGUGUGUGAGAAGCCAUUUAAAACAUAAUCCAUCUCUUCCAGUCUUAAGUGGCUUUUGUUUUUAGAUCAGGGAGAUCUGUUAAGUACUUUUGCCCUAUUUUUUGGAAACCUAGUCCCACUGAAAAUGAUUUGCUAUCAUGUCAAUUGUAACUAUUUUCAGAAAUUUUCCAUUAAUUUCACUUUAGGCAAUGCUGAUUUCUGGAGCAAACUUUAACUGCAUUUAACAGUGAGAUUUAAGAGAUUUUAUUUCCUACCAUCUGUAUCUGCAAAUAAACAAAGACUGGCCAGGCUAGUCCUUGAUCCAGUGAUGGUUCACAGCUUAUUACACAGAAAAGAACAAGAUAAUUUAAUUGCACUGGAGCUUACUAGCUGUGUAGCCAUUCCUGACAGCAGAAUGGCCUAGAAUAGUUAAAAGGAGAUUGGAAAAAGUGGACGAUCUGAGAACUCCUGAGAAUUAUUGGGAGGGCUCCUUGUGUAGUCAGUGGGAUUUAGGGCUGGUCUACUCCAAAGAGAAGUUCAAGUGAUAUAUUGGUCAUCAGCUGGAGACAGACCAUGGAAAGAGGUAGAGGCAGAAGAGGGUGUGUGCAGCCCUUCGCAAUGGCUGAUUGUACAUAAAGCCAGGAUUGCUGUUCAGUAUGUCUUGCAGUUCUUGAAUGGAUAACUAUUUCAUAAAUUGGACAGCUUUGGCAAAGAAAGGAUCCAAAGCAAGAAGCCUAAGCAAGCUCAGCAGAACAACUUUAAAAAAUUAAAAUCUUGUAUUUCUCUUCCCAAUGAUUCAUGGCUCUGAAUCAUCAUAUUUGGUAUCCCUACAGUCCUAUUAUCCCCCAACAUUCAUGUCUCUCUGGACAGCCUGUACUUUAUAAAGUUUUUAAAUUAUUUUAUUUGUGCUGAGGCAGAGGAAGCUGAAAAAGAAUUCCCAUUGAAGUUCAGUCUGCACAAAAGGAUGUGGCCUUUGUCUUUCCUGAAUCAGAUUUAGUGCCAUCUCCAGCUAUAUACUACUCCUAUCUUUUGUCAGAUCAUGAAGAGAAAAAAGAGGGAAAAUAAGAUUUGCUUGAUAACUUUCUUCUGCAUGAUAACUCCUUCCAGAGCUGUAAGCUUCGGCACAGGUACUUGAAUUUUUUGCCACCACCAGCCAGCCUAGGAAAUGUUUGAAGAAAUGAUACUGAUGAAGGUAUCUGCUUGUCAGUACUUUUGUGUUAACACUCCUCACCAAUUUCGUGCUGUUAUGCAUGGGUGGCUUUCUAUUCUUACUUCUUCUUUCUCAGGGGAUCACAUAUAUAUUCUUCCUACAGUGGUGACAGAAAAUGGAUGGGUAAUUCAUUUGUCACCAAAUGCUAGUCAGUAACUGGGGGCUACUGAUGCAGAAAAACCUCUGUAGCUAUUCAUGACAGACUUUCAGACUUCUAGCAUUUAUCUAUAUGCAAACUGUAUGCAGUAAAUUUCCAGGAACUACUUGCUGCUGUAAUUAUGUCUAGCUGAUGUGGAUCUCAACAACAAUCAUGGAGGAUGUAAGUGUGCACAUACAACUUCAGAUAUUCUGGAAGGAAGCAGUGUACAAGAACAGUUGUGUAUCAGCACUAACAGAAGGAGGAUGAUAGUUGAACUGCUGGAAAAUAGAGGGAAAAAAAAAAAAAAAGGCCAUUACCUUGUAAAGGCUGCUGUAACAUUCUCCUGCAGGUCUCUGUUCCUGCUCAAUCCAGCUCACUACAUUUCUACCUCUCAGCUUGCAAAUAAUCCACAUUUUCUCCCUUCCAAGAGCUGCUGUUCGGUGAGGCAGGAGCACACGAGCUCUGCAGUAUUUCAGAGUUGUUGGUGACUUGUUUUGUGCUGUCAGUGGAGACCGUGCCACUUGGUUUAUUCUCCAGGUGACUCGUAGGGCUCAUUUUAAAAAUAGCCUUUUAAGUUCUCCAAUUAAAAGACUUACCAUUAUUUCAUCCUUGGUACUGCAAUAUAAUAAAACUUGAUGGAGGCUCUCGACCUAAUCCUAAUUAGUCUGAAAGAACUUCAAGACACCUGUACACUUAAUGGUGAAAAGGAGAAGACAAUUACCUCUUGAUGACCUGGUAGAGAAAUUUCUUGCACUCUCCUGUCUACAAGUGUACUAUCCAGAAUAGAGGCUCCUGGCUGAACUGGCUCCCACCUAUGCUUGCAGGAGAAGAAUGUCUGGGGAACUUCAUUCAUUUCAGCUCUAACUCUGGGUAUUGGUUUCCUGGGAGGAAGUUGGGUACUUUCAGAUGGGUCAGGGAUGAAGGCAGCAUGGAGGGGAAAGAGGCUCAGGUCUCAGAGUAGAUUAGAAGGGGUAGAGGAUUGCUAUAAUUGAUCUUCUGAUUUAUCAUUAUAUUUGUCUGUGAUAUAACUGUUGCUAUGCUUUAUACCUAAUUACUGUAAUAAAUGGUAGUGAGUUAAUACAUUAAUCCAUUUGUUCAUCCUUCUCAAUAACAUCUGUUUUUAAAGAAAAACCACAACGCUUAGGACUGUUCCAUCAAAUCAACGUAGCCACAAGCUAUUGGACAACAAUUAAAAGCCAUUUGAGUUCUUCAGUACUUUAAUAUAAAGCUGUCUCACAGGAUUUUGGGAAGAGUUGGAAGAAUGAGGAAGUAUUAAUGGACAUUCAAGUUUGGAUAAAAUACGAAGCUAAGGUGGGAAAAUAAGAGAAGCAAAAAUCUUGCAAAAUCAAAUGCUGCUUUCCCUCAAGUCUUUGUGAAGGUAUAAGAGAUCCCGUGGUUGACUGAUGUCCAUCUACAACAGAGACCAUGUCAUCAGUUAUUUCCUUAAACAGACAUUUCCUUCAAUUAAAAAAAAAAAAAGUAUCAGUGAUUCUGUCCAUGAAUAGUCUUAAUUUUACGUGCAAUUUUGAACGCAUCUUAAAAUAACAGGCAACUGAUGAGUAGUGGUUUCUUGUUCAGAGAACUUCCCAAUGCAGUGCUGCUGCCAACAGAAUAAAAGAUUACUACAGGUGAACAGUAUGAGCAAUGAAACUUCAAGUUCUUGCAACUACACUGAAUGUCCUCUGAUCAAGGGGAAAAAAAAAUAAAUUUUACUAGUGCAAGUCAUUGUUCAGGUGACACAGCUCAUAGCUGGGAGAUGACUGCUUCCAACUUCAGAAUGCUAAUAUGUCAAAAGACAUAGUCUCUACAGUCUCCAGUUUUCCUGUCUUGUCUCUAUCAUAACACUUCUUAUCUCCUUCCCAGAAUGAUAUGCCAGAUCAUGCUGUAUGAUUAAAAAAAAAAGUUGAUGUCAUACAGCUUACAUAAAUUAAUGUAAGGCAAACCAAAUCAAAAUAGAUGGCUAAUUUAUGUGAUAGAAGUGCCUGAAAUUGAAGGAGGCCCUCUUGGAAGUUUCGGGUGUUGAAUAUACACAGGUGUACAGUUACAGUGCAGCUGCUAAUAAGAAUUGUUUUUACAGAAAAAGCACAAGUGAUCAUAAAUCUCAGUCGGUAUACUGAUUGAAAUUAAAGUGAAUCAGCAGAUUCAAAAUGAGCAAUGCAUCACUGGAUCAGGUUAGUGAAAAGAAACCAGUUUAUCACAAUUUCAGCACUAUCUGUUAUCACUUU